UUUUAUUUUUUAUCGUCUGCGAGAGGAUCUGAAUCACGUGGUCUCACGGGACCAAUAAGCGUAGGUGUUGCAGUGCAACAUGUUGAUCCUCAUCCUGCUUCUCUUCUACUGCAGUUUACUCUGAAGUGCUCGAAGAUGAAGAUUACGAACGGUAGCCCCCAGCAUACUUCAGUUUUUACAGUUCAGCAAAGACCCUGGACACCUACCAAGAGACGAGGACCCAUCGCAGCUGAGUGGAAUACUCCAGGACCUGCUGACAUUACUCUCCCCACCUCCUUCGGUCCGAAGCAAAAUGACUUCACUAAAGUAAAGUCACCAUCAUUUACAUUUUCUGGAAAGCACGAAGACAAAAUAAAAUUCAAGACACCAGGACCAGGCAGUUACAACGUAUCUAGUGUUACACGGACAGGAAAGGACGCACACCACGGCAAAACGAUCUCUGGUCGCCCUAAAGAUCCCCAAUUAUUCCAGACACCUUCCCCUGGAGAAUAUACUCCUGAAAAAUGUGAAAAGACUGUGCAUGGCAAAUCACCUUCUUACACAUUUGGAUCAAAAGGAAAGGACGCCAAACCAGACAAUAUACCUGUAACCAAUGCGCCAUCUUUCAUGUUGUCCUUCUUUCCUUUCAGAUUGAAUAUUAUGAUUCUAUUAGAAACUCCUGGCGCAUACGAGCCGGAGAAGUGUAUGAGAAUGGUAUUUGAUUCAACCCCUAGAUAUUCUUUUCGAAUAAAACAUAAAGAACCUAAGCCUGAUGAUGUACCAGCUCCUGGUGCAUAUGACCCAGAUAAAAGUAUCAAAGUAUUACUAGAUUCCACACCCAAAUAUACAUUUGGAGCAAAACAUAAAGAACCAAAACCAGACAAUAUACCAGCUCCAGGAGCUUACGAUCCCGAAAAAGCCAUGAAAACAGUUCUUGAUUCCACACCUAAAUACACUUUUGGAGUGAAACAUAAAGAUUAUAAACCUGAUGACAUACCAGCUCCCGGUGCUUAUGAUCCCGAUAAGAGCAUGACGACUGUAUUAGACUCUACGCCGAAAUAUUCGUUUGGUCACAAACCUAAAGAUCCUAAACCGGACAAUAUGCCUGCGCCAGGCCAGUAUGACCCAGAAAAAAGCAUGAAAACGGUUCUGGAUUCAACACCUAAAUAUAGUUUUGGGCAGAAGCAUAAAGAUCCAAAGCUUGAUAACAAUCCUGCUCCGGGAGCUUAUGAUCCUGAAAAAAGUGUCAAAUCAGUUUUAGAUUCGCAUCCUAGUUACUCAUUUGGCUUGAAGCACAAAGAUCCUAAACCGGACGAUACACCAGCACCUGGUACAUAUGAUGUAGAAAAAGUCGAAAAGAGCCUAAUUCAUACGUCACCAGCAUUUUCAUUCGGUGUUAAACCUAAAGAUCAAAAGCUUGACGAUAUACCUGCACCAGGCGCUUACGAUCCAGACAAAAGUAUCAAAACAGUGCUAGAUAACACUCCGAGUUACUCAUUUGGCAUUAAAUAUAAGGAUCCGAAACCAGAUGAUAUACCUGCUCCGGGUGCUUAUGAUGUUGAGAAAAUGGAAAAUAUGGUUCACCAAAAAUCUCCCGCAUUUUCGUUUGGUUUAAAAUACAAGGACCAAAAACCAGAUGACAUACCUGCUCCUGGGUCAUAUGAUCCUGAAAAUAGUGUUAAAAAUCUCCUAGAUAAAACGCCUAGUUACACAUUUGGGGCAAAACACAGAGAUCUGAAGCAAGACGAGACACCUGCUCCUGGUUUCUAUAAUGCUGAUCAAGCUCUUCUUAUUGUUCUGGAUUCAACGCCAAGGUACUCGUUUGGCGGAAAACCCAAACCGCCUAAAAUAGAAGAUACACCUGCUCCAGGAGCUUAUUCACCCGAAAAAGUAGAAAAAGCAUUCGCCGGAGCUCCAAGUUAUACCUUCGGUGCCAAGCAUAAAGGUCCAAAGCCAGAUGAUAUACCUGCUCCCAAUUCAUACAAUAUUCCUGAAACUAUGGGAACUAAGGAUAGUGUCCAUUACCAAGCUCCAGCUUUCACAAUGGGUGGUAAAGAAGGGGAUAUCUGGGGUGUGAAUAAGAAUCCUGGUCCGGGUUCUUAUAAUGUCCCUGAAGCCGAUAAACUUAAACAGAAAUCUCCGGCCUACACAAUCAGCUAUCGGACUCCCAUUCCAAGUGACAAAAGCAAAAAACCUGGACCUGCUGACCACUGCCCAGAAAAAGUGGUGAUGAAACACAGUCCAGCGUUCUCAUUUGGAAUACGACACUCUCCUUUCUCCCAUCAGUACGCAAAGGACACCACAGCACCCCAAUUCACAGAAUCAACAGCCUUCAAACAGAUCCAGAUUAUCCAGAAAGUUCAACAGGAAAUAAUACAGCAGAAUGGACACUCAUAAGUCCCGGUUGAAAUUGUGAAAUCUUUGAGCAACAAUUGCUGUGCAAUCGGGGAUUUAAGACAUGAAGGAUACCAUAGCAAAAUUAUCUCCCCGAAACAAAUUAAAACUAAUAUCAAGAAACUAGUAAAAUUAUAUAAAUAGAAACGGUUUGAAAAAUCCUUAAAAGAUAAAAACAAAAGUCUAAACACGAUCUUUCUUAAAGAAGUUGAAUCUAAUUUACUGUGGUUUGUUUAACCCUGAAACUAAAUAUUUGACUAUCAGAGUUUAGGUUUGAAAUCGCAUUUAUCUACUAAGCAACUGUGANAU